AUGGACGCCAGCCUAUUACCCCUCAACGACCAAAUAUCGCGCUUUAAAGAUGUAGUUAAACACAACAAAACCCUCAUAACCGUCUUGUCGCGCGCUGCCGAGAUGAAGCUCCCCAAUUGGUAUCUCGCCGCUGGUGCACUCACGCAAACCGUCUGGAACGUCAUGACAAAUCGAGAUCCGGAACAGGGCAUAGAUGACUACGACUUGAUCUACUUCGACGCUUCAGAUCUCUCGUGGGAAGCUGAGGAUGUCGUCAUUCAAAAGGGAAAGGAACUCUUCAAGGAUAUCCCCGUCGAAGUUGAGAUUCGAAACCAGGCGCGUGUGCAUCUCUGGUACGAGAAGAAAUUUGGACGGCCUUGUCCCCAACACCACUCUAGCGAGGCUGCUAUGACUGCGUGGGGAACCAAUACGGCAUUGAUUGGCGUGAGUUUGAGAGAGGACGGAGAAUGGGACAUCUUUGCGCCUUGGGGCCUUUCGGAUAUGUUUACACUCGUUGUGCGUCCAAACCAACAGAUCAUGACUGAGGAGACAUACAUCAAAAAGACUCAGCGAUGGAUUAAACUUUGGCCUGAAAUCACAAUCAUGCCAUGGAAAUAG